CCUUCUUAUAGCCUUGGCCAUCUUUAUGUAGAGCAACAAUGCUUUUGUUUCCAAUCCUCAGAGACUUCUUUGCCAUGAGGUGCCGUGUUGAACUUCCAUUGGCCAAUAUUAGAGAGUGUGACAGCGAUAACACCAAACUGAAGACACCUGCUCCCCAUUGACACCCGAGAUUUGGUUACAAUAAAGAGUCAGAUGACACCGGGGAGGAAAAGUGGCUAAUUGGGUUCAGUUUGGACAUUCCCGCUGGGGGUGUGCUCACAUUUGUUGCCAAGGUUUAGACAUUAAUGGCUGUGUGUUGUGUUAUUUUGAGGGGACACAACAUUACGCACGGUUUAUACAGGCUGUGCGCUCACUACAUAAUAUUGUUGCAGAGAGUCACUUCUUCAGUGCUCUUCAGGCAAUGGCUGUCCAGGCAUGCUGGGAGUUUUGCAAAAGCUGGAGGCCCCCUGGUUGGAUGCAGAUGUGAAGCCACCUCAGAUACGUUCCGCAAAACCAAGGAGACAUUGUGCCCGGCGCUGCUGACCCCGGCGGCCUGCGUGACCUUGCUGGUCUUCGGGGUGCUCCUGGUCUUACCCUUCUUGAUCCUCGGCCUGGCCGGUUACGCACGGAUUGUGCGAUGCUUCAAGCUCAGUUCCUGCUUCCUGCCCUACAGCCGCGCCAUGUACCAAGGAACAGUGCCCCAAAGACGCCCGGCGAAGGAGACCCCCAAAGAUGGAAAGGCCUGGGUGUGACCCGGCACCAUGAAGACUGUACCAAUCCCCUACUUUCCCAAAACUGACCCCAUUGUGUAUAAAGAUGAACUCAUGGACAUGACCCAAGAGGCGGCAAAUAUGUAAAAAAUAAAAUAAAAAUGUCUGCCACUGUAUGCUGGGACCUGUAGUUCCAUUACACCCGGAGGGCGCUUCUCCCUCGCUUUUAUUAUUAAACUCAGGA